AUGUCGAGGAAUGUGCGGUGUCCCACCAAUGGCUUUCGAGGCGGGUGCUCCUUUGGAUGCCUGAAGCUGCUCAGCUGUUCAAUAAUUUUUUUAUGGAUGCUCUGGUGCUUCCUUUCCUUCCUGUUUGUCAGCGAUGGAGAAAACAUGGAGCCGCCCUCGACGCCGAGCACCGCCUUUAACGCCGCACGGGAAAACAAUUUUAGCGGACGUCGGUCGUGGGAAGCUCCACACGGCAGCGCUUCAAUUGUUGGGCCUUCUGCUGCCGUUGGGCCGAAGACGGUGUCGGCGUGUCAGUCAUCUGUUUGCCGGUUCUGUGAUGAGAUGAGGCCGAAUAACACGGCCAGUCUUCUUCACCCAUGGGUGCUGGAUUAUAUCCGCCGCCAUGUCCUCAUUGGAGUUAUCACCGGGUCCUUUGAGAAGUUUUUCCGUGUUGACUUGGCUCUCUGCACGUGGCUAGGGCACGUCCCAGCGGCGAAUCUCUUUAUUUAUACAGAUGCCGCAAACACGUCUGAUGGGCGGCACGGCACGUGGAUCGAGACGGACAACGCCCUGGCAUCACGGCAACUGCCCAGGGAAAUGCUCCGGUGUACGGGGUACUCGGUGGGUUGGAUGCGGGCACAGUACCGCUUUUUUCACGCCUUUAAUCACUUUUCAAAGCUUACUGGCGUCAUAAACGAUGCUAGCGAGGGUGUUGGGAAUUACUGCGAUGUUCGGUGGGCCGUUGUCAUGGAUGACGACUCUUUUCUUGAUCUCCAUGCGCUCGUCCGAUUUCUGCAUCGACGUGAUCUGUACAACGUGGCCCGCACCGUGUCAGCCGCAAAAGGUGCAAAGCCUCUGCUGCUCCAGGAGAGAUGCAAACAACGUGUCGGCGCCCGGGCGGAAGAAUUAGCCGCAUGCCUUUCUCUGCCGGAAAGAUGGAAUCUCCUGCAAGAGCAACAACGCCUCCAUGGAGAUAAAUUGCUUGGUCGCAGAGGCGAGGCGCUGGUGGUUGGCAGUGUGCUUUGGAACGUUACGACAGAAACACUUUUUAAUCCCACGAUUGUCGCUGCUCUUGGCCCACUGUACAUUGGAGAUCGUGGGUGGGGCGGCGCAGGGCACUUUAUGAACCUUGCUGCCUUGCGAAAAUAUGCUCAAGAUAGCGAGGGGAAGUGCGUGCAGCAGCACCUGAUAGGCAAGCGACUGGCAAGUGAUACCGCGCUGCACCGCUGUUUACCACAGCUAGGCAUCCACCGCAGUAGUGACGCCGUUUUGUCGCACUGCCAGGCCCGAUUUUUGCAGCACCGUUUGUUAUCUGGUGAUUUGGUCAGUAUGCAUGCAAAGCGAGAUGUCGUGCCGCCCAAGUACCUCGCAAUGUGGCGGAUACGACUGUACUACCAGGUACUUUAUCACCGUAAUCGCACAGCCUAUGACCUGUUGAUGCGUGUGGGGGCCUGUGCGUAUGGCUACACGUGCAAAGUCAAGAACUGUGGGGCGGGAGAGGACGAGAAAGCCGUGAGCGAAUUUCUCCGUCUGAGUGAAAACGACACCCACAUGCCUUUUUUUUAG